AUGGUGGAUUUAUCAGAAGAUGCGUUAAUGAUGGAAGAAAGAGAGGAGUUCAUGGUUUCACCCAUUGAUGAUGAACAAGUAAUACCCAUUUUUAGAGUUGCCCAUUUUCUGAAACCAACAAUACGCUCUGCCCAAAAGCUCCCAUUUCUCCCUUCAAGACCCAAUGUUCAAGAACUGAGAAGUUGUUCACUAAAGGUCAAGUUUAAGGGUGGUGUUUCAGUUUCACAGUUGAAGGAAUGGUCUACGUGGGUCCAUAAGCUAAAGCCUUUAUAUCAAGAAAUAUGGAAGAAAGCUGGAAUCUUUGAAGCUAUUAUAGCUUCCACAUUCAAGAUUUAUUUGCACAAUGAUUUGAUUAUUGCUCUUGCUGAGAGAUGGUGCGUUGAGACAAACACAUUCAUUUUACCAUGGGGAGAAGUAACUGUUACUUUGGAGGAUAUGGCAGUUUUGGGUGGUUACUCUGUUUUGGGCCACUGUAUCUUGAACCCUAUAAAGACCAAAAAGUCUGUUGAAAUGGAAAAAACUAUUCGCGAGGCUUAUAAAGUUAUUAGAGCACGUAAAAAGAAUGUUACUCACCCUGUCUGGAUGGAACAUUUUACAGGAAAAGGUGAUCAUUUGGAGCAUGUUGCAUUUUUGACCCUUUGGUUGUCAAGGUAUGUGCUUCCUUCUAGAAGUUAUUUUAAGGUGCAAGGAGCUCUAUUCCCUGUUGCAAUUCAUCUUUCUCAAGGAAUUCCAGUGGCACUUGCCCCUGCUGUUCUUGCUAGCAUUUAUAGGGAUUUAAGGUUGCUUAAACAGUUUAUUAUAUCUUCAGCUAGUUCUAGGUGUAACCAAGAUGAGUCAGAUCCUCUCUUUAGGGCUCCUCUUCAAUUUGUUCAGUUAUGGGCUUGGGAGAUAUUUUCCAAUUUGCAGCCCAAGCCUAGUAUCAUCUGUUCCGGGGAGCCUAGAUUGGCUAGAUGGCAUAAUGUGAAAAAAAUAAACUGCGUCGAUCCUCGGAGUGCAAUAGAUUCUGCAACAGACUUGUUUCUGUGGCGUCCUUACGCUAUUGAUACUGUGAAGAAUUGGGAUAUUAACAAGUUUUACAAGGAAAGGGAGGCAUAUGUGGUGGCUGGCCCAAAGGUGGGAAGAGAAAUCCUGAUUUUUGCUCGACUUAUUCGAGCUUCUGAACUAGUUGGAAUGGAUUGUGUAGAGAAUUAUCUCCCACAUAGAGUAUCAAUGCAAUUUGGAUUUGAUCAAGAUGUGCCCGGCUGUGCAAAUCAUACCAGUGAUACCCCAAAAAUUGCAUGGUGCAAUUAUGACAGACGAAUUAUAGAUGACAAGCUCUAUAUACCUUCCAGGCUCUUUGAGUCAGAUGUUACCAGACGAUAUUUGAAUUGGUGGAAGAACCAAAAAUUUGCACCUGAAGAUGCACUGAAACAUGUAACCAAAGGGCAGCAGUCUAAAGCUCUUGAAAGGAUGAAUGCCUCUGUACAUUGUGAAUAUUUGCAGAAGUGUAAUGAGAUUAAAACAGAUGGCUGUACUCAGGAUUACGAAUUGAUAGUCGUGGAAUCAUCAGAUGAUGACAACUUACCGAUUUCAGAAUCUUUAUGCAGGAGGAAACUUUAUCCAAGAUUCGGGAAGAGGUGA